AAUCAAAUUGAUCAUAUUAUGUCUACAUCAGCAAUCACAAUCUGCGUUUAUAUUUUAGUUUUACAUCACUUAGCAGAAACAAGUCAUAUUAUCGAUAAUUACAAUAUAGAUAAUCAUGUGGUUGGGCCACGCGACUGUGUGAACAAUAAAAAUAUCCAAAAGUUGGCUAUAGAUCCAAAUUUGAAUCAGUUGAGACACAAGCUGUCGAAGUUUAUCAAGGGGAAUAAACAUAAGAAAAGAGAAGCUACAACAAGCUCAGGUAAACACAAGACGGCCGGUAAUCCUAAGGACGAAAAAGCCGAGAACAAAUCCGAAACCGAUCAGCAAUGGGACGAGUGGAGUCCAUGGUCUAGCUGCAGCGUGUCCUGCGGCAAGGGAAGGCACAUCCGGUGGCGCCAUUGCAGGCAGAAAUGUGACGGCGUGGAAACGGAAAUGGAGCAGAAGUUGUGCCAGUUGCCUGCUUGUCCUCAAAAACUUUUCGGCUUAAUAAAACUAUAAGAUUCAUGCUUUCAUAAUUU